AUGGGGGCGAGCACGAGAAGGCGCAGCGCCGGCGCGACGACCGCGAGCAGGAAAAAAGCGGACGCGAGGCUCGACGACAUCACGAACGGAAAGGGCAUGGGGGGGGAGACGACGACGAGCAAAGGCGCGCGUCCGAGUCGCAAGAGCAUCGGGGGGCCGUCCACGGUCGCGCCCGUGGAGAAACGGGUGACGCGAUCGUCGCGGAGCACCGCGAAGAAGGCGACGGAGACGACGACGGCGAAAUCGACGAAGGCGAAAAACUCCGCGAAGGUCGUCGUCGGCCUCGCCCUGGAAGAGCGCUUCAACGACGUCGUGGACGACGUCCCCGCGGGGAAGAAGCGCAAGGCGCUCGGCGUGAUCGAAGAGAAGCAGCCGAAGCGGGAGACGCGCGCGCGAGCGGCCGCUCGCAAGGGCGACGGCUCGUAUCCGACCGAGGUGCGCGUCCGCAUCGGUCCACCCCUCGUCGUCUUCGUCGUCGUCGCGUUUGAACCGUCGGGUUUGCCGCUGCCUGCAGCAGGGAAAAUCUCGAUCGGACCGACGAUCGCGCGUCUUCUGACCUCCCUCCUUCCAAAUCCACCGUGCCAUUUGAUCUCAGGCUUGGCCCUCGCGACUUCAGUCGGCGUCAGCGCGCAGGAGGACGUCUAUCCGUUCUCCAUAGACGGCGGGCGACGGAUCACGGAGCGGAACAACAAGCUCGCCCCCUACGUGAAAAAUGGCGUCCUGUUCAGGUGCGCGCCGUGCUCGUCUCUGAGCGCGCGCUUUCGCGAUUCGAACGCGCGCGCAUCUAAGCGCGCGUUGAGAAAAUUUUACCGGUGA